CUGUGGAGCUGCGAUGCAACCGCACCAACUCCAAAUGCGACACAGCGCGUGCUUGGAGACAGACUGACUGACUGGAAAUCAGCUGCCAAAAAAAAAAAAAAACUUUCUGUGUCAUUUUUCUCCCAAUCUCUCGGUAGACUAAUGUUAUGUGAAAUCUCACGAAUGCGUGCGUUGGAGAUCCAUCUGACAGAGAUCGGAAAAUUAAAUGGGACAACAAAAAUCGCGAGAACUUGAGUCGCUCCAGUUGUGUUUGUCCAACUUUGUGUAGUAGCCCAUCGGAUCUGGCUCAGACCGCGCGGGCGCAGCAGCAGAGCAGGAGGCUGGAUGUGGCACGAGACGGGCCAGUGAGCCGCAGCGAACCGGGUGCGCGUUUCCCCCAGUCCCAAACUCCUAUCCAAUGUCACCGGACAGGAUGAUGAUCAUUGGACUUCUGCUCAAUGUCUUCUCUCAUGGUAGCGUUCCAGUAUCUGCAUCCUUAGACUGUCUGGUGGCGGAGCAGGGCUGCAUCCAGGAGCAGUCCUGCAUGGGGCUCUAUCGGCUGCUGGAGUACUGUGCAGCGGAGGAGGCGGUGUCGCCCCUCAGCUCAGAUGCUCGUUUGGAGUGCCUAGAGGCCCAGAAUGCCUUGCAGCACUACCGGCCCCUCCAGGUUUGUAAGUGUCAGCGCGGCUCUCGCAGGGAGGAACACUGCCUAAGGGUCUACUGGACUGUGAGAUUUGCAGCAUAUGAUGAGUACGAUGUGUCUCCUUAUGAGGAACUCAAGUUAAAUCUGGUGAGAAACAUCGAAAUGUCACGUAUGGCCUCCAUUAUGUCAGCGUCUUCUCUGUCUGUGGAUGGACAAAAUCAGUGUCUAAAGGCAGCCCAGGACUGUGGGCUGUAUGAAAAAUGUGGCUCCCUGCGGUCAGAAUAUGUUGUAGCCUGCACCAAGCGAGCAACAGUCUCUGACAACAGCUGUAACCGCCAGAAAUGCCACAAAGCCCUGCGGCGCUUCCUGGAGCGCGUGCCAGAGGAGUACAGCUUUGCAUUGCUCUUCUGUCCCUGUUCUGACACCCUGUGUGGGGAACGCCGCAGGAAAACCAUCGUCCCUUCAUGUUCAUAUGAGGAAAAUGUGAGAGGGGAGGAAAGAGUGGGCAAACCCAACUGUCUGAGCCUGCAGAACUACUGCUCCAGAGAUGAGCUGUGUAGAUCCCGCUUUGCUGAUUUCCAGCACAACUGCCAGCCUUCCCCUCUGUCUGCCUCUGGCUGUAUGCGAGACAGCAGAGCCAUGUGCCUGAAGGCCUACGCUGGACUCAUAGGCACCAUCAUGACUCCCAACUAUGUGAGCAACAGCAGCACAGAGGUGUCCCAGUGGUGCACAUGUGAAGGCAGUGGGAACGAAUGGCAGGGCUGUCAGCGCAUCCUGCACAUGUUCAACAGCAACAUAUGUCUGCGCAAUGCCAUCAGCUCCAUGGGAGUCUCCGCACCUCCUCCUGUGGAAAACACUGCAGUGCCAGCUUCUCAGCCCUCCCCACGCGUUUACCAGGAGAGGGUUCACGUCAGCGUCAACACACUCCCUGAAUUCAACAGCAUGGAGGACAGUGAGGAAGAGGAACAGGAGGAAGAAGAAAGUGAAGAAUUCAAUGUAAUCCCACCGUAUUCGGAGAAGGACUCAAACAUGGACUCAGGGGCCAAAGGGAGUCAGCGGGCGGCGGCUAUCCAAGCUUUACCUGUUCUACCAUUACUGCUGCUGCCGACAUUCACCCUGGAGUGGGAUUGUUGGGGCUACUGAGGCCUCCCUUCCAUCUUCUGCUCCAUUUUGCAUUUGCUACCACUUUAUAAUCCAUCACAGAACGAACCACAGAGGACAGUUGUGAGGAAGAAAUGGAAAUGUUCCUACUUAACUUUGACUGAUUUUUUUUUUUUUUUUUAGUGUAAAAUAGUCUGACUUUAUUUUACAAUUUCCUUAUCACUGCCUUCUCAAAAGUUAAAAGAUAUCAGUAGUCCUGCAGUAUCGGCCGUGUCUUUCCUCUCCAGUGAAAGGAAGGGAAUAACGUGAGCAGAUAUGUAUGAGUGCAUGGGUGAACUGAGAAGUGCUGUCUGGGCAAAUAGUCUAUCUAGAGCCUGUUUCACACUCAAAGUACAUCCCCUCUUUUAACAAGAAGCACAUUGCCCAAGGCCACAUCCACUAUACAUGCUCCCAAAAAACCAGUCUACUCCACUGCAACCAAGCCUGAGCACGGCUUUUGAUUUCUAUUUCAUGACUCAUGUCACAUCCACUUCUUUGUUGCCCCUUUGGCUCUUCCUCUCCCUCCUUAAUACUAUGGUUGAGCAAGAUAAUCCACUUUACAACAAGCUAAUAAGAAACUGUGCCGCAGUUAACCUGCUUUGUGCCAUUAAAAAGACUUUUUUUUUUUUAACCGUGCAAGUUGAAAAAUGAUAAGACAAGAAGCAAUUUGUUAUCGCGUUUAUGCUUUUUUAACGUAUUCUUCUUUUUACUUUGCAUACCUAAAAGCAGAGUGCAACAACCACUCUUCUCCGCUUCUUUUGUUAACAUGCCACUUGGUAUUAUUCCUAACAGGGUGAGUAGCUGAGAAUUCAACCACGGGCAAAAGUAAUGAGAUCAAAUUCUAUUGUAGAAAUGACGAGCAAAGGAAAGCAACAUAAGCAAUUACGGCACAGUUCAAAUUGCGCAGCAUGCAGGGAAAGUCUAGAAUAAGGCUCAGGGGAGGAAAUAGCCAAUUUACCGCUGUCAGCCCCUCUCACAUUUUAUCCUUAGGAGAUGUGUUUUUAGUGCUCCUUUCCCAUCAUGUACUUUAGAUGUUGUGAGAGCGAGAUGCUGAGAUAGGGACGGACACAGGAGGCUGUAAAGCCUGCUGGCUGCUCUGAUCAUUGAGCAGCACAUUGAGCCAUUCUCUCUGCCUGAAAUAUCUUUUGCUGAUGUUAAUGAUUUUUUCUCUUAUGGCUCAUUUUCUUGUGAAAUUAUGCAGCUGCAGGGAUGUAGGUAGAGUAUAGUGAAGUUUGUUAGAGGGACAAACUAAUAUGAUAAUUUGUGCAAUGGAAACUUUUAUUUUACUCCUUCAUGGGACGGGGUGGUAUGACCGAAAAUGAGCAUUGUAUUAUUAUUAUUAUUAUUUUUUUUUUUUUUAUGAUUCUGGUGUUUUCUGUGUAUAUCACUUUUUUAUGACUGGGCCUUUGUGUAGUUUUCUCUGCUGUCAGGAGGACAUAGAGUAUGGAUAAAGUUAAAAUGAUAAAGUGUAUGAAGUAAUGUAAGAAAUUUCGGAUCAUAAGUUUUUAUACACAUGCUUUAAAUCCAGUGUUUUAAUCAUUGCUCUGAAUCCAUCUUUCUGGACUGUCUGUAAUGGGAUCAUGUCCUGUCUCACAUUUGCAACAUCACAAAGUGAGGAAACUAAGGGUAGUUAUUGUUUUAUAUACAAUAAGUUACAACACAGAGUUAACCUUCUAUAACCCACAGUUACAAAAUUUUAGGAUUUAUUUGAAACUGUUCAAUAUAGUAAGGUUUCCGGACUGAAUGACUGAACUGUUUCAACAUUUUUCGUGACAAAAUUACAAAGAAACAAAUUUUUUGCACCAUUUUCACAAGUUUUCCAACUUCUUUUUUUUUUUUUUUUUUUUAACUUUUUGACCUCCUCUUUCAUUUUAAAAGUGUUUAGGAAACUUAAACAGUUAGAGGGAGAAGUAUAGUACAUGUGAUUUUGGUGGAUUUGUUUCAGUGAUGCAAAAAAUGAAACAGUGGGCUUCAAUGGGCAUCAUUCACACUAUGUUCAAGCAAAUUUCAGCAUGUAAUUGUAGAUAACUGGUGACAUUAAACUCCUUUGACUCAUGAAAGAGCAAAUAAUGGCAAGUAAUUGCAUAAAAGGUUGAUCAUCAUUACAGAAGAACAGCCUCAUGGCAAUAAUGAUUAUUUUCCGAUAUGGUCAGAAUGUAUCAACAUGCUGAUUUGGCCACUCCUAAAGCUCUUAUUAUGUCUGAGACAGAAUAAUAUGGAGAUAUUUUAUUUUUACAGCCUCCUUAACUUGCAUUGACUCCUCUUUAGACCUCAUAUUGAGAUUUUCAGUGAACAUGUACCAAAUUCAACAUCUGGAAUCAACUUCAGAUCUUGUAUCUGCUUCAUUUGUCAUGGAAUAACCUGGGAACAGGACACAUCUGGACAUGAAGCUGCUUGUCAAUCAUUUGUUUUGUUACUUCUGAGCCUCUGAAAAUGGAAGGACUUUUUUUUUAAAAAAAUGAUCGUAAUUCCUAAAUGGUUAAAUCCUUGAACUAAAGGUCAAAGUCCACUCUUUAACCAUAUCUUGAUUGCUUCAUCUCAGUUCCACUGUGGUGGCAUAAAGAGGUAAAACUGCAAAAUGUUUGUUUUGGACAAAUACUUGUGGACCUGACUGCAUUUCUGACAGUAAUGAUUAACUUAAACCAUAAAAAAUUAAACUUGUGAUAUUAAUGGCCACUAGGUCCUACAUGCAAGUCUUCAAAAAAAAAAAAAAAAAAAAAAAAAAAGACAGUAAUGAAAAACAUAUUGUCUUGAUCUGAGACUUAUUAAAGCAGAAAUAUAAUAAAAGAGAUGCUUUGGUUUCAUAGGGUUAAUGGGUUUUCUCCAAAUAUACUCUAUACUAAGCUCUGAAGCACUCCGAGUAAUGAGCAACAUUAAGUAAAUUAUGGCCAAUUGUUUUAUUUUUUUGAUGUUAUGGCGGUAGUCUACAUGAAAUAUUCAUAUGGUAUGAUAUUGCACCACUCGUUCAUGUACGAUGUGAGUAAAACCAAUACUUGUAGGUUAUUGCAUUUAUAAUAUAACUUCAUUUCUGCCAUGUUCAUCUUAAGCUAAAGAAAUUUUACAAUCACAGGAAAAUAGUGAUAUAGGCCCUGGACUGUCAGGAUCUUCACGCUGGUUUUAUUUGCUGUCAGCUACAUUGAACCAGAACUCCAGAACCUCAGUGACUCAUUUCAGGCUGGUACUGCAUUUACAUCAACUUUAGGUGACUCUCAUUUGAGGAGGCAGUAAACUGUUUUUUGCUCCCACAACUGCAUUGUUUUACAUGUUUUAUUGAAAUUAAGAUUGCGCUAUUGACUAAGGCGAAUUAUACGAAGGCAGACACGCACUGGAAGUGUGAGAGCAAUACUUCUGUAAAACCCCGAUUCACCACCACAUCAGACUUAGUUUGGCUUUAGUGUUCAACACAUGACCUGGGUGGGUGGUUUUUGUGAGCUUGCAGACCUGCUGUGUCUAGUUCAUGUUCGAACAAGGAUGAGAAAAAGCCCACAAAGUUAUGAGGUGUACGAAGAAAAGCUGGUGCUGUAGGUAACACGUGAGUCAUUUUGACAAUAAAUACUGUAUGCUUAAAAACCAGCACAAGUAACAGUGAAUCUGCAGUGUAACAUACCAGUCAAACAUAAAGCAUCCAGUGUCAGGUGUCGAUAACUGCAUCCAGUGCGCUUUGGCCUUAAUGACUGAAUGUUUGUUUUAUGUGUACUUUCAUAUUUCAUGGGUUUGUUUAUACUUGUAAAGUUUGUAAAGUAAAAAUGUUCAUGAACUGUGUUUUUGGAUGAGUUUACACUGUUAUCCAUCCAAGCUUAAAUGAGAGAGCCGAAGACCCGACCCUUCACACAGUGUCCCAUGGGACCUUACUUCAGAAAAAAACUGUAUUGUUGUUAAUGGCAGAAGACAGGUUAUAUUUGAAUUCCAUUUGAAUUAUUGCCUCAUCUAUCCACAUGAUGCUUGUCUAUUUAAAAGAUAAUUUUACAAAUCAGCAGAGUUACAAUUUGUUUCAUAAUGAGACUGUAAAAAUCCAUAAGUACAAAGACUAUACACCAUGGGCAUCUGUAGACCUGGGCAUUUGGGGCUUAAAGCCCAGAUGUUUUGGUAGUAGCACCAGAUCUCUGAGCACACCUUUUUUUGAUGUUGUUUUUUAAAUAAGCAUAUGAGUAAAUACAUGUCCCCUUCAUCAUUGGCACCAGCAGCCAUAUGUUCAUAUGGCCUGUGCAUACCUCAUGUGCACUGAGUGAAAUUUGACUGAAUAUAGCCACUUUUACACAGAGAUCCCGGAAAAAAGGCAAGAUGGUGAUCCCACCUUUUUUCCACCAUUGACCCAUUUCCACAGCCAAGCCAAAGGAGUAACAGAGGUGAAACAGGAUGGAUUUUCACAUAGCGGACCCGCGUUCUGGAAUCAAAGGGGCGGUUACGCAGCACAGCGUAUAGUGUGACGUAUAACUUGCGUGUCAGAAAUACCCCGAGCAUAGUGGUGUUGCUAAUGUCUCCAGAGUCUUUCACCAUUCCACAAAUGUUAGCAUGGAUAGAGUCCUCCGCCUAAAGUGACAGUGGUUCCUAGUGACAGAUCUCGGCGUCUCCCCAGUUCGACAUCUCUCUGGUCGUGUUGAUAUGUUUGUUUACUGUACACGGCCAGCACUCAUUUUUAAAUCCCUCCAGUGCAGGAGUCCCACACACAAUACAUCAUCAAAAUGUCACACCUUGGUUGUGGAACGAGAGGCGUUCCUUUUACAUAGCGUUCCGGAAUCAUAAUUCCACCUUUAUUACAACUCUGUUUUCACCUCCAGAAACGUAACAGAGGUGGGACCAAGUGAUCCCACCAUUUCAUUUACACAGAUGUUGUUCCAGAAUAAAGGUGAAAUAUUUUCCAUAACAGAAGUGCUGUGUAAAGGAGGCUAGAGAGAGGGGAACAUAUGGAACAUUUUGGUACUUACGGAGAACUCCUCCCCAUCUUACAAACUGUUGCCCCCCCCCAGCCUUACUAACUGCCCACACACACCCCUUUUUAAGCCCUGGAUGUUUGAAAGUCCAAAUGCUACACACUCAAAAGUCAUGGAGGUGAUAUCAUGGAACUGUCUUGCUCUGUUAUUCAGAGCUGUUGUGAAGGUCUCUGCAGCUUCAACAUGACCAGACUGCAGUAAUUUUCACCUCUUUUAAUACUUUUUCACCUCACUCUCAAACUUUGAGGUGAAAUAUAUCAAGCCAGCAGCUGCUUUGGUGUUGAUGAUGUGUAUCACACGCGACUACAGAUGCAGUCCACUGAGCUGUUUAACACAAAACAGGAAAUUUUUUCUUUUUCCUUUUGCCAGAAAACAUGACUUUCGUGGCUCAUAAAAUUAUUCUUUAAAAAGACAAAUAUCAUAUGUGUAAAUGGUGCUAUUCAAAGGUAACUGUAGGCCGCCAGUGACCGUCAUUCAUAUGUUUUGUGAAAUUAGGUCCCAUGGGGCACAGUGGAAGGGAAAGGGCUUGGAUUCUCUAAAUGUGAAUAUCCUCCAGAUUCAGUUUUUAGAUUGAAACUCCAGUCGAGAGAUUAUGUACAGUAAUAUGUUUCACAUGUUAAAGUUGUUUUUAAAUACAUAUCAGACAUGCCAAAUAAGUCAGAUUAUAAUGUGUAAUAAGUGUGUAAUUUUGUGACAUAGCAGAAAAGUGUACUGGUUUGUUCAACAAAAAAAUAAAAGCCUCAUUGACAGUU